AUGGGCCAGGCACCGUCCUUCGCAAUAGACCCUGACACUCCUCCCCUCACUCUCAAAGAGCGCAGUCUCAAUGCUGUUGCUGAGUUUAUCAAGUCAGGGCGUGCCCGACGCAUUGUUGUCAUGACAGGUGCUGGAAUCUCCACAGCCGCAGGAAUUCCUGAUUUUCGAUCCCCAGACACAGGCCUCUACUCAAACCUCAUGGACCUCGAUCUCCCCGAGCCGGAGGCAAUCUUCGACAUAGAGUACUUCCGCACUAACCCCAAACCCUUCUAUGUCUUGGCCAAAGAGCUCUACCCAGGCCGCUACCACCCGACCAUCUCACACGUUUUCAUCUCCCUUCUUGGACGCAAGGGCCUGUUGCACAUGCUUUUCACACAGAACAUAGACUGUCUCGAGCGCGCGGCCGGAAUCCCUCCUGAGCUGAUUGUUGAAGCCCAUGGGAGCUUCGCCACCCAGCGUUGUAUAGUCUGCAAGGCUCCGUUUGAUGACGUGAAAAUGAAGGAGUUCGUCUCCCAGGCCAAGGUGCCCCAUUGUGAAGAGGAGGGCUGCAAUGGCUUGGUCAAGCCAGACAUCACCUUCUUUGGCGAGGCGUUACCUCGGAAAUUCUACGAAAAUAUUGAUUAUGCGCGGACAGCCGACCUGGUAAUCGUCAUGGUGGGCAACUUUGGCUCGCGCGCGGACGAUGUCAUGCUGUUGAUGGAUUGUGAUAAGGGUGUGAGGGAUCUGGCUAAUGCGCUGGGGGUGGAAGGAUGA